AUGACCCCAACAGUCUUCUGGAUCGGCCUAGGAAACAUGGGCCGAGGCAUGGUCAAAAACCUCGUUCUCAAAGGCCCCCUAGACAACCAACCCCUCCUGGUCCACAACCGCACCAAACAACGCUCCCUCGACCUCGCGUCCCAACUCCCCCCCGGCAAAGUCACCAUCCUCGACUCCAUCUCCUCCGGCAUCCGCCAAGCAGACAUCAUCUUCCUCAUCCUCUCCAAAGACUCGGUCGUUGAAUCCGCCAUCUCCGAAAUCCUAACCCACGACCUCACCGGCAAGCUCAUAAUCGACUGCUCAACAAUCCACCCCACCACCACAACCCGCAUCGCCAACUCCAUCACCUCCCGCGGCGCCCAGUUCCUCGCCGCCCCCGUCUUCGGCGCCCCAGCCAUGGCCGACGCGGGACAGCUCAUCGGCGUUCUUGCCGGCCCUUCCGCCUCAGUUGACCGUGCCCGCCCUUACUUCAAGGGCGUGAUAGCCAGAGCAGAAAUCGACAUGUCUGACGAGCCGUACGGGAAAGCCCUUACUCUAAAACUGAUCGGGAAUACUUUUGUCUUCAACAUGGUGGAGCAACUUGCCGAGGGGUAUGUUCUUGCUGAAAAGUCUGGUUUAGGGACCAAGUAUCUGCAUCAGUGGGUGGAACAAAUGUUUCCGGGGCCGUAUGCGGCGUAUUCGACGAGGAUGCUGAGCGGGGAUUACCAUACGAGGGAGGAACCGCUUUUUGCGGUUGAUUUGGCUAGGAAGGACGCAGGGCACGCGUUGAAGCUGGCGGAGGAGGCGGGGGUGAGGAUGAGGAAUUUGGAGGUGGCGGAUGAGCAUUUAAAAGAGGUGAAGGAGUAUGCUGGGGAGAAGGGGGAUAUUGCGGGGAUUUAUGGGGCUGUGAGGAGGGAGGGGGGGUUGGGGUAUGAAAAUUCGUGA